GGUUUCCUCUUUUUCAGAAAUUUAAUUGAUUUUCCCUAAAGUUUUGUUUUUUUUUUCCUUCUUCGGUUCUUCCCCACAACCAGAGUGCUUGCUCCCAAACCGAUUGAAACUAGGUGGGAAGAUCAAAGUUCGCUCCUUUGGAUCGAUCUUCGUGUCUUGUGAGAGAGGAUGCAGAAUCAGAAUGAUACGGUGAAGGAUGAUGCGGAACUCGCUGCUUCCAUCUCGGCGAUGAAGGGUGAAGAAUGGGGAUGUUGCUCAGUGGAGGAACCUUCUUUUCAAGAAGAUGAAGCUGCCAAGGUUCCUUAUGUUGGUGAUAAGGAGCCUCUCUCUAGUUUAUCUGCAGAGUACCAAGCUGGGAGUCCCAUUUUGCUUGAGAAGAUAAAGAUACUGGACAGUCAGUAUGUUGCAAUCAGGCGGACCAGAGGCGAUGGAAACUGCUUCUUCCGAAGUUUUAUGUUCUCUUACCUCGAGCAUGUUUUGGAAUCGCAAGAUGGUGCUGAAGUGGAUCGUAUCAAGGUCAACGUUGAGAAAUGUAGAAAGACUCUCCAAAACUUAGGUUAUACGGAUUUCACAUUUGAGGACUUCUUUGCUUUGUUCCUCGAGCAACUAGAUGACAUCCUCCAAGGAAGUGAAGAGUCUAUAAGCUAUGAUGAGCUAGUUAACAGGAGUAGAGAUCAGUCUGUCUCCGACUACAUUGUAAUGUUCUUCAGGUUUGUUACUGCUGGUGAAAUACGAACGCGUGCAGAGUUCUUUGAGCCCUUUAUAACAGGAUUAUCAAACACCACAGUGGAUCAGUUUUGCAAGACAUCGGUUGAACCGAUGGGGGAAGAGAGUGACCAUAUCCACAUAACUGCUUUGUCGGACGCGCUUGGUGUUGCAAUCCGGGUUGUGUAUCUUGACCGUAGCUCAUGUGGUGAUACUGGAGGUGUCACUGUGAACCAUCACGACUUUGUUCCCGUUGGCACUAAUGAUGAGAAAAAAGAAGAAGAGGCUUCUGCUGCUCCCUUUAUAACCUUGCUGUAUCGUCCAGGCCAUUACGAUAUCCUCUACCCCAAGGUUUUGGACGACGUGGAAAAGUGAUCAUUUGACAUAUUAUGAAACCCAUUAGGAGAUGUUUACAAGCUGUGGUAAUAUGGAUUCAUCUGGAUAAAACCAUGUUACAUCACCAUGUCUUUACUCCUUGGUUAUGAUCAAAACGACCCUUUUGCAACCUCUGAAAAUGGAUUUUUUUUUGUUUUACUAUAAUACUCAUUGGUAAUCUUCUGUACCAAAUUGAACCAAAGGGUUUGCCAUAUAAACAAUGAGUCAAGGACAGAGGUCUAUGUUUGUUUUAAUGGCUUGUUUGAAUUAUAAAAAAAAAACAUUCAUGAUAUUGAAAGAUAAACGAUUACUAUCA